UGGUUAGCCUCCAGGCUCUGGUUUGAACGGGCCAGGGUUGAAAUCCUGCCCUCUACAUUGCUCGCUAGCUGUGUAGCUUCUGGCGUGUAAGAUAGUCAAAAGUAUCAACUUUGUGGGAUUGUUGUGAGGGUUAAUGAGAUAACUUUCAGUUUCAGUGCCCCAUAACUGGUAGCUGUUAUGUUUGAGUUUAAGCAGGAAAAUCCUCUUUAUCAUGAACAGCUCGUUUCCUUAUCCUUUUUUCCUGCUUCAGCAUAUCAGAUACGCCUCUGCAAACCUGUACUCCAGGUGCAGUAGGUGUUUGGAUUUUGAUCCUCUUUCAGCCCUUUGGUACCAGUACGUUCCUCCUCUUUGUUUAUAUGCUCCAGGCAUAACUGGGAGGCUGAGUUGAAGCGACAAGGGGAGAGGAGGACAGGCUGGGCCGAGGGCGUAGAUAACAGGUUUUGCCCAGCAGGGUCAGCGUGGCCUGUGAUCUUGAAGAAGGAAUGUGGAGAUGGGUGGAGCAGAGCGGAGGAGGCAAAUGGGGUGCACACGGGACACUGGGGUUGAGAAAGAAGAGACAACCAAUGUAGAUCCUAAGUCCACUUGGGCGAUGAAGGGCAAAUAGAGAAAUCUUUUCCGUCCUCCUUCAAUCCCUCCUUGGGAAGGAGGACAAACGCCCAAGGAGGUCCCCCACCCGACUCCGCUCUGGACCCAGCUCCCCAGCGGCCCCUAGGGAGCCCACGAUCGAGAGUAGACCUCCGAGUUGCCUAGACGGGCCCCGGAAGUGCGCGCCGAGGAGCUGGCGUUUCUAGUCCCCCUGGAGGCCGAGGUCGCCGACGCCGCCGGAACGCGCGGCCGGCUGAGCGAUGACUGCCCGUUCCUUGGGUCGGGUUCUGAAGACCUUUUAGAGAAGAUCCUGGCCUUGGAGCGGCACCGGGGACUGGACCCGGCCCAUGGAGAAGCUGCCUGAGCAGACGUCCCCGGAGUCCCCGUGUCCGUCCCUCGAGCAGGAGCCUCGAAAGAGCAAGGAUGGUGAGACCUGGACUGAGGAUCAAUUAAUUAUAAAGCAGAAAACUCUUGAAGUAGGGACACAGCCACAUGAAGGAGAGGAAUGUGAACGAAACAAACAUGCGGGACCCUAUGGGUAUGGACAGAAUUUUGGUCAUAUCUCAGACUUUAUCCAACAGCCACACAUUCUUAGGGAAGAGAAAUCUCAAAUGUGCAACGUUUGUGGCAAGCUAUUCAGACGGAACACAUACCGUAUUCAGCGUGAAAAAAUUCACACACAGGAGAAGCCUCAUGAGUGUCAUGAAUGUGGAAAAGCCUUUGGCCAUAGUUCAAAUCUCAUUCAGCAUCAAAGAAUCCACACCGAGGAGAAACCCUACGAAUGCGGUGAGUGUGGGAAGGCCUUCCGGCGCAGCUCACACCUCAUCCAGCAUCAGAUCAUCCACACGGGGGAGAUGCCUUACAGGUGUAAUAAGUGCGGAAAAGCUUUCGGUCGGAGCUCAAGCCUCCUUCGACAUCAGAGGAUUCACACUAGGGAGAAGCCCUAUGAAUGUACCGAAUGUGGGAAGGCCUUCAGCCAGAGCUCAAAUCUAACAGAACAUCGGCGGGUUCACACCAGAGAGAGACCAUACGAAUGCGUCGACUGUGGGAAAGCUUACAGUCGUAACUCACACCUCAUCGAACAUCAGAGAGUCCAUACAGGGGAGACUCCUUAUGACUGUAAUGAGUGUGGGAAAUCUUUCAGUAGGAGUUCACUCCUUAUCAAACAUCACAGAAUUCACACUGGAGAAAGACCCUAUGAGUGUAGUGAAUGCGGGAAGGCCUUUAGUCGGAACUCCCACCUUAUUCAGCACCAGAAGACUCACAGUGGGGUAAAACCUUCUGAAUGUAAAGAAUGUGGGAAAACCUUCAAGUACAGUUCAUACCUUAUUGAUCACCUGGGAAUCCAUUCACGAGAGAAACUGUGAAUGAGGUGAAGGUGCUAAAGUCUUUGGUUGGAGUUCAGCUCUUAGCGAACAUCAGAGAACUCGCGCUGGGGAGAAAACCUUUGGCUGUAGUGAGUACAGACGGCCUUCAAUCCUAGCUCAACUCUUACUGAGACCUGAAAAUCCACAUAGUGGACAGAUCUCAUGGAUGUGUUCAGUGCAUGGGUACCUUUAGACAGUUAAACCCGCCUUACUCAGCAUUAGCCAGUUUGCUUUGGGGGAACAAUGGGUAUGGGGAGAGCGUUGCUAUGUGUCGGAGAGGGGCACGAAAGGGGCAUCAUGUGACACUACACAAGGAAUGACUAAAGGGGAAGCUUAAGUUAGCACUACUUUUUAUUUGAUUUUGAGGAUCUACAUCAGAGGGAGAUUCUAUGGGUUUUUUUCACAUCUCCAUAAUCUUCCGCCAGAAAUGGAAUGGGUUAGGUCCAUUCCAGGGAAGAAAGAAUCAGGGCAUUCUGGAUUCAGACUCAUAGAUCAAGAAAGCUGCAGUGUGACCUUUGAAUCCAGUAGCUUUCCAUGUAUCUCAUCUGUCCUGUCGGUUGUAACUAUACAUGGAAGUGGCUCCUGGGUCUUCUUGGACCAGCAUUUUCCCUCCUCAAUGUCCUGCAGACUACUGACUCUCUUUUUGUUUUAUAUUUCAUAGAUGCUUUUAAUAAAUGGGCAAAUUUUCUAAGCCCAAUAAUUUCUCGGUAUAACAUGUCAUGGGCUUUGUUAUGUGUCACCUCCGGUAGGCUGAAGUGCAUUUGUCAGAUUUCCCUUUCUUGUAUUUUUCGGUUUGUGUGGUCUACAAGGGAGAUUCUUGGGAGAGUUGGAGGGCAGAACAGAAGCAGCAGUAAUUUUGUAGCUCACACAUGUCACUGAUCUGCUGACUCACCUCACUGGAGCUGGACAUGAAACUAGUCUACCUUCCCCAGGAUUCUUUUUUGCCUUUACUGGGCUGUGGUUUUCCUUCUCUGAAUCCUAGUCAUACACAUGCUUAUUAUCCUAUGAGAAGUACACAUUUAUUUCAAGUUUUGGUAGAGAGAAAUGGUUAGCUUCUGGCUGUUUUUAAAAAAGAACCUCAAUAAUAAGCUUCAAGAUUUCCUAUCAGGAAAGCUACUGUUCAGACUCCUUUAUAACAAAACUUCCAUCAUAACCUGAGGCAGAGCUUCACUACCGUGUAAUUAUCGAGGGAAAAGUUUGCAAAGUAGUUGAAUAGUGUGAUACAUGAUUGACUGAUAAAAUAUUAAAAAAUCAAAAA